UUUGUAUGAGGAGGAGCUGGCGUUUUGGGGGAUCGACGAGACGGACGUGGAACCGUGUUGUUGGAUGACCUACCGGCAGCAUCGAGAGGCGGAGGAGGCUUUGGACAGUUUCGCCGGGGGUGCUCUUGAACUCGGGCAUGAAGACCCGGAGCCUGAUGGGGUGGCUGAGGCGGCCGAGGGGGAUGAGGGUGUUGAGAUGACCCGGAGACUGGCGCAAGGCGACUCGCCCGAUAACAGGUCCGGGCGCUGGAGCAGAUGGCAGAAGAAGACGUGGGCGCUCUUUGAGGACCCGUAUUCCUCAAAAUACGCACGUUGGGUAGCAUUUGCAUCUUUGUUCUUCAUUUUGGUGUCCAUUACCACAUUCUGUUUGGAGACUCAUGAGGCCUUCAAUCCCAUCAUCAACCGCACAGAGACUUACAUGGUGGGCAAUGAAACACGGGAGCGUGUUUUUUCUGAGACGGAGACCAUGGUGCAGUUAACCUACGUUGAGGGUGUCUGCGUUGUGUGGUUCACUUUCGAGUUUCUGAUCCGAGUGACUACCUGUCCAAACAAAUUAAAAUUUGUCAGAAAUACACUCAACAUCAUCGACUUUGUGGCCAUCCUCCCCUUCUACCUGGAGGUAGGGCUGAGUGGACUCUCAUCCAAAGCAGCAAAAGAUGUGUUGGGUUUCCUCCGUGUGGUGCGAUUCGUUCGAAUUCUCCGUAUCUUCAAGCUAACGCGACACUUUGUGGGUUUGCGGGUACUAGGGCACACGCUCCGUGCCAGUACUAAUGAAUUUAUCCUCCUCAUCAUUUUCCUUGCACUCGGAGUCUUAAUCUUUGCCACUAUGAUCUACUAUGCCGAACGUUUUGGAAGAAACCUCAACGAUCCUGACGCCAGUAGCGGCACACACUUCAAGAACAUCCCCAUUGGCUUCUGGUGGGCUGUGGUAACUAUGACAACCCUCGGCUAUGGCGAUAUGUACCCUCAGACAACGUCUGGCAUGCUGGUGGGUGCACUGUGCGCACUGGCAGGUGUGCUGACGAUUGCCAUGCCUGUACCUGUAAUCGUGAACAACUUCGGCAUGUACUACUCCCUAGCCAUGGCGAAACAAAAACUACCAAAGAAAAAAAAUAAGCAUAUCCCACGAGCACCUCAGCUAGGGUCUCCCAACUACUGCAAGUCAGCUAUUAACUCCCCACGACCCAGCACGCACAGUGACACAUGCCCCCUGGCACAGGAAGAGGUUUCCGAGAUCAGAUACCAAGAUUUUAAAGUGAACGGGGAGGCGUCCAAAGCUGCCCUGGCCAAUGAGGAUUGUCCUCACAUCGACCAGGCGGUGUCACCCGAGGAAGUCUUUAGCCCUGUGGACCGCGAGAGACCCUGCUUCCUGCUCACCUCCGGAGGACAACGAGCCAAUCACACGGGGGGGAGAGUCAGGAAGGGUACGUAACCAGCCAAUCACUGCUAGCCUUUAGAGCACUGGCAGUGCUGUGUCUGAAAGUGGAGCAGCUGUCAAUCAAAGAUGCUCUUUCGGUGCAAAACGACCGACUGUCACUCAGCCUUCUUUCUUGCAGUCUGAUAGCUCCUCAGGUCUGCUGUUACUCUAAGGUUGACAGGAAAAGCUGCGAUAGAAAUGACAUAUCCAAGUAAGCCGUCAAUGGGCCUCUUUUCAUUUAUAGCUCAUUCUGAACAAGAUCUCUGAGAAGAACAUUCAGUGCCAGUUUUUCCUAAUGUAUUCAUGCGAAUGCGGUACGUUUUACAGU